AUGUUUCCACAAAUGUCUUUUAAUCCAGGCUUUGGUUUGUCAGUGCCUUACCAACAACAAAUCACGCCUUCACUUUCGAAUGGUACUCAAAUUCAUGUCAGUGGUACGCCAACUGGUAAUAGAUUUGAGAUUAAUUUGAAGAAUCAUCAAGAUGAUAUUGUUCUACAUUUCAAUCCACGAUUGGACGAUCACACACUUGUACUCAAUAGUGCACAACGUGGUUCGUGGGGCCAAGAAGAACGUCAAUCGUUACCGUUCCAACGUGGAGUACGAUUUACGUUAGUGAUAACGGCUACAGAUCACAGCUUUCGAAUCAUGGUGAAUAACAUGCAAGUCUGUGAAUUUCGUCAACGAACACCAAUGCAUCUUGCUCAAUUAGUGGAAGUCAAAGGUGACAUUAAAUUAGAUUCCGUUCAAGUAGCUCCUGCAAUGUUUGGGAAUGCAUUUAAUACUCCGAUGGGUUUUCCACAAGUGGGAAUGAGUGCACCUUUCAGUCAGCCAGGCCAUGCUUCAUUCAGUUUUGGCGGUCUUAAUGUUGGCUUUGGAAUUCCAUCUGUUCCAGUACCAACAUUUUCAACGGGCGGUGUACCAUCGAUUCAAUCAUGUCGAAUUCAUGUGGGUUCUCGUAUAUUCGUUCGCGGUUUUAUUCCUGCCAAUGCACAACGAUUUGAACUCAAUUUGUUGCAAGGUUACAACGAUAGCGACGAUAUUGCAUUCCAUUUCAAUCCGAGAUUCGACACGCGACAAAUCGUCAAAAAUCAUCGACAACAUGGUCAAUGGGGUCAUGAAGAGAAUCAAUCUUUUCCCCCUUACACGCCACUUAUGCCUGGCAUGCAAAUUGAUUUACAAAUUACAUGUAAUCCAGAUCGUUAUACCAUUUAUAUGAACAAUAACAUGAUUGCAGAGUAUUUUCAUAAGAUCACACCUGGCUCCGUGAUGGCCAUUCAAUACAAAGGUGAUAUAUCGGUGACAAGCAUUGGUCAAAUGUGA